AUGACUUCCAAGGCAGAGCGCUUUGCCGCGUUGCUGAGCACUUCACCCAACACUUCUGCAUCUAUCAAUGGCGCAGCCCACAACAACAAGACCUUCUGCGAGACUGCUCCUAUGGGCAUGCAGUUCGUGCCCAUCAACGCCGUCUCUAAAUUCCCCUACAAAUACAUGAAGAGGUCACAAAGUGAGCCUGUUUCUGUUCAGUUUUUCGCCGGUGGCAAGUUCUGGGAUCGCGACUGGGAUCUCACAGGCGCAGUUGNNUGGUACAUCUACUCGCCCUACUAUCACUCCGAAAGACCCAUCAUCUUCGUUCCUCUUACACAAUUCAAGCAACUGCUCAAAGAAAUUGAUGGUGCAUACCCGAGCUAUGGAGUUCGCAUGCCAGACAACCCCGAAGGCACUCUUGUUUUCCCCUUCGAGUACAGCGAGCACAAGCUCCUCAGACCUCGCUUCCUGGGCAAGUCGUCGAACAAGGAUGACUUCGAACGUCUCAGUAACAGCGCUCCUCACUUCACUUCUUUUGCAGCUGGUGAGACUGAACCCGAACACAUCUCCUACUUCAGACAAGACAUGGAUGCCGCCGUCGAUGCAGGAAAGAACAAAGGCAAGGCUAAGGCCGCAAAGCAGGCCAAGCAAGAUGCACGUGUCUUCCAGCAGCAUAACAUGCGUCGCCAGGUCGAACGCACUCAAGUCUCCCUCGGUCUUUCCCCACCAUCAGAAGACAACCCUGACCUCGGUAUCAUUUACAUUGCCGUCGAUGUCGAAUCCUACGAACGCAACCACAACAUGAUUACCGAGGUCGGUUUUGCUACCCUCGACACACGCGAUCUCAAGGGCAUCCCUCAUGGCGACGCUGGCAAGGAUUGGCACAAGUUUAUCCGCGCCCGUCAUUUCCGCAUCAACGAGUACAAGCACUACACCAACUCCGAAUUCGUCCGUGGCUGCCCCGACCAAUUCGAAUUCGGCGAAAGCGAAUUCGUUGACUUGAAGGACGUGCCUCGCAUGAUCGCUUCCUGCUUCAAGCCCCCUUACAGCGCAAAGAAUGCCGACUCCGUCAACGAAGAGGAACAAGAGAAGCGCAAGAUCGUCUUCCUUGGCCACGACACCAAGCAAGAUGUCGCAUACCUUCGCAAACUUGGCUACGAUCCCUCUAACUUGGCCAACCUGUUCGAGACCCAGGACACGGCUGCCAUGUGGCGUGCUGUCACUGGUGAACAGUCUACCCGCGGUCUGUCUCACAUCAUGUACACGCUUGAGCUCGAGUCUUGGAACACCCACAAUGCUGGCAACGAUGCUGUUUACACUGUGCACGCCAUGAUCGGUAUCUGCAUCAAAGACUUGGAGAAGAAGGCCGCAUCUACCAACGAUGAUGACGAAGGUGGUGUGAGUCUGCUGCCAGAGAAGAAGAACAUGAACGUCGAGAAGGAGAUCAAGAGGAUCACUAAGAAGUUGGUCGAGUGGGAAAUGUAG